AUGUUUGUCAAUGUCAACUGCAGUGCGUCAGGCCAGUUCUAUCAUUACAAGAUGGCCAGUAUGAUCACCAAGGUUGAGGGCAAAGGAAAUGGAAUCAAGACAGUUAUAGUCAACAUGGUUGCAAAGGCACUUAAUCGGCUUCCAACCUAUCCUACCAAAUACUUUGGUUGUGAGCUGGGAGCAAAGACCCAGUUUGAUGUAAAGAAUGACCAUUAUAUUGUCAAUGAAUCUCAUAAGGCAAAUAAGCUGCAAGGCAUGUUGGAUGGAUUCAUUAAAAAAUUUGUUCUCUAUCCUGAGUGUGAGAAUCCUGAAACAGAGCUGCAUGUCAAUCCAAAGAAGCAAAAAAUAGGUAAUUCUUGUAAAGAAAUGCUUGACAUGCAUUGGAAACUCUGCACAUUCACUCUCAAAAACCCAUCUGAGAAUAAUGACAGUGGUGCAGGAAAGAAAGAAAAGGAAAAGAAAAGUAGAACGGGCAAAGACAAGGAAAAUGGCUCUAUGUUCAGCAGUGAGACAGUACCCCCAUCACCACCAAAUGAAAUCAGUCCUCCCCAUGCUGUGGGAGAAGAAGAGGAUGGUGAGUGGGGGAAGAGUACAACUGAGGAAGCUCAAAGGUGCAGAAUGGAUGAAAUAAUCAGUGACCAUGCAAAAGAUCUGACAUUCAGCGAUGAUUUGGAAAGGACUGUUAAAGAGUGGGUCAAUAUCCCGUUUGAUUUUGUUAAGAAAAAGAAAGAAUAAGGUAUUACUGACUCAUCUGACAAGAAAAUUGUUGCUGAAGCAGAAAGACUGGAUGUAAAAGCUAUGGACCCUCUUGUUUUGAUUGAAGUUCUUUUUAAUGAGAAGAUUAGGGAACAGAUUAAGAAAUACAGGCACCAUUUCCUACAAUUUUGUCGCAACAACAAAAGAGCUCAAUGGUACCUUCUUCGAGAGUGUGUUGUAGUUAUGCAUCCAGUUCAGUUUAUCUCCAAUAGUCUACAUAUCUUAAAGGAGAUGUAUGACACAGACCUUUUGGAAGAAGAGGUCAUCAGCUGGUCAGAAAAGGCCUCUAAGAAAUAUGUGUCAAAAGAACUUGACAAAGAGAUUCGUGUCAAGGCAGAACCAUUUAUAAAGUGGUUGAAGGAAGCAAAGGAGGAAUCUUCAGGUAGUGGAGAUGAUGAAGAUAAGAAUAUUGAGAUGAUGUAUUCGAAGACUGCCAGUGUACCGAAAGUUGAAGCUGCGAAGUCUGACAACAAGGAUGAUGACAUUGAUUUGAUGCCAUUUAAAGGGGUGGAUGUAGCCCAGCUUAACAGUGUAAUGCUGAGAAUCUUUCUGCAUCAUCAGCCAGAAGUGCAACAUAUAUGUGCAAAAGCUAAAAUGGCUUACCAUCAUGCUACACUUUCUACUAAAAAUGUAUUGCUAUGA